AUGUCUGAGCUAAAAAUAUUAGUGCCUUACACAGUUCUGGCACUUGUGCUGUUGAGCACAAGCUGUCGCGGUGUAAAAGAGCCUGGGACCCCUGACGAAUGGAAAGGCAGUCUCGGGGAGUUUUUCAGCAGAGUGGACCUGAACGACGAUGGCCAGAUUGAGCCUCAGGAAGCUGCAGAGUAUAUCGAUGGGGGCGUGGAGGAUCAGGACUUGCAGUGCAUGCAAUCCAAUGUGGAUGGGGCAGAUCAUGGCGACACCAUAUCAGAGGGGGAACUGCAGCGACACCUGCAGAGCUUACUCAAGGGGAACAGGGUGGCUGAAUGGGUCAGCCACAGUGUGGGCCUGCCGCAGUAUGUGAAGGCAUUCAGAAUGAACUCCAUAACGGUGUUGGAUUUCCCCCUUUUUGUAAAUGACGGCGGCAGUUCCCUAAAGACAGAUCUGGGGAUCAAGAGCGCGCUGCACAGGCAGCAGCUGACCCGAGCCAUGAAGAGAGUGAUUCUUGGGCUGGGGACAGCCCCAAGCGCCCCGAGGAACAUGCGCGGCAGGCAGGUCUCCUGCAGCAGCGUGCUCUUGACUUGGCAGCCGCCGGAGAGGCUGGGCCACCCGCCAUUCCACAAGUACAAACUGCAGCGCUCGGAAGGGGAGGACUCCGGCUGGGUGUCCGUGAACAAGAACCUGGAUGAUGAAGAGAUGUCCUGGGAAGAUCGGGGUCUGGAGGAGGGGGUAUACCGCUACCGCUUGACAGCUUGGAAUGCGUACGGCUGGUCUGAUGACGCGCUGUCUCAGGAGUGCACACUUCUGCUGAAUGCAGAGGCAUGCACUGGUUGCAGCAGCAGUGGUCACUGCAGAACACCAGGGUCUGAGCACCAUGCACACUCAACGUGGACUGCACAAUAUGGCGCUUGGAGGAGCAAAGGUGGCAGCAAGGAGGAGGGGUUGACCUUGGAGUGCAUCCUGGGCACUGUGGCCAGCCUGGUGGCAGGCGCUGCUUUCCUAGUCUAUCUGAAGAGGAGGAGGAGGCAGCAGAGACUAGCUGCAUCAGGGGAGGCCGUUCAAGGUCAGGCAGCGCCGUGGGGAGCUAAAGUGGGACAGGGUGUGGGUGAUGAGGCGAAUGGGGGAGGGCAGCUGCCCAAUGGGGUGAGCGCUGCCUUUGAUGAGCAGCUGCAUGCGCUGGAGCCGCUGCGCAUAAAUAGGCAGCCGCUGGCCUUCUCAAACCCGCAGCCGACGGCGUUCCCUUCCCACACGCUUGACGAUGCAAGGACGGUGGACGGGUGGCUGGGCGGGCCUAGCUUAGGGGGUGGCGCCAGGAUGGGACGUUCCCUGUCGGACAGGCAGGACGUAGGCGCAGACAUGCAUGAUGCGGAGGAUUUUGGUGAGGAUGUUCCAGAGACACCAGCUGGGGUCAAUCCGUGGCGCUGUGGGCACACUGGCUGCCACCGCCAGUUCCGAGGCUACAAGCUGAGCAAUGUGAAGCACGCGAUGCAGCGGCAUUUCUGCAGCGUGUGCCAGCGUGUGUUCUGCCACCAGCACACUGCAUACUCGCCCCAUGGCCCCCUGGGCAGCUGCGGCAUGGAGUCACAGUGCAUCUGCGAGGACUGCCACUCUCUCCUGCCAGCUUCCACCCAGGAGCGCUUGAAAAAGACAAACAAGCUGGUGAAGAAGCCGGCAAAGGCGGUCACCCACAGCAAAAGCACGGGGGAGCUGGGGGCAGAUCCGGAUGUGCUCCAGCCAUCUGGCCCAAAGCACCAGCUGAGCAGGAACGACCGCAGCCAGCCGAACUUUACAACUCUGCUGAAGAGCUUUGGCUCAGCCAAGAGAGCAUCGGUCAAAGCCAACGGCACUCCUUCAGGAGCUGCGGAAACCGGCAGUGAUGUGGAACCCGAGAGGAGGGACUCCUUUGGCUCCAGGCGGAGGCAGGGGAGGACCGCGCAGCAGCGAUGGAACUUUGCGCGCUCAGCCGUCGGUGCGGCGCUCAGGUUCAGGCGCGCCGGCGAGCAGAGGAGAGCCAGCCAAGAUGGCUGA